AUGCGGCCAACUCCGACCAUCAUCGUGGGCCGCAAGAACGACCACGUCGAAUCCUUCCUCGCAGCCACCUUGGUCGCGGCGGACAAGGAUCGCACACGCUUCUCCAUCGUCCUCACGCCGGAUCUCAAUGAGGCGUCGGCCCUUGUGGACCAGUUGGCCUACCACGCCACCAUCCCCAUGUACCACUGGGAGACGACGCAGUUGGUGGUCAUCGGCGAGCACUAUCUGCCGUCGUCCACCUACCAGCACCUGGAGACGCGCUUUAAGAACGUCGUGUGCGUGUGCUCCCGCGACAAUGUCGAAAGGCUGGCGGUGCAGCACCGACCGCGCAACACCCGGUUGGUGCCCACAAACAGCGUGCUGGAACUGGCGUCCCUAGGCUGGCGCAAGGCCAUCAUAGACGAAAUCGUGGGCCGGCUCGAGUCGCUAGAUUGCGACUUCCCCAAUGCCGACAUGAAGGACUUUUACUACGGCAUUGUGGACAACGACCACGAGCGCACCUUCCACAGGUUCUAUGCCGUGCUCAUGGGGCAGAUCGACAUUGCUGCGGUCAAGAAGCGUGGCCGGCAGAUACGCGACUUCCACUUUCCCCUUGUUGAUGCACGCGUGCGCGAGGCCAAACUCGUGCGGAUCGUGCUGCCGGGUUCGACCUGGCGGCCUUUGUUGCCUCGCAUCGACGACUUUGCGGCCUCCCGAGGCGGCGACAAAUCCUCCUCUUGUGGCAGCAGCGGCGCACCUCGAGAGGACCACUAUGACCACCAGCAGGAAGAACCCACAGAGAUCCUCAUGGGUUGCUGCUACACGCCAGGUUUAGACACCGUGUGCGCCCUGGCCGACAAAAGCCUAUCCGGUGUAGGGCUGGUGGUGACCUUCUGGCCCCUGUUCAACCGCACCAUCGUCACCGUGUGCUGCCGGCCAGAAUCGCGCAUCGACGCCUAUCGCCUCAUCCGUCACCUCUUUGAUCACGUGCCAGGAACCGCCUUUCGCGGAUCGCCCUACUACAGCGAGGCCAAUGUGCCCUCUCUGUGCUUCCCUUGGACAGAUCAAUACAUUGCGGAUGCGGGAUGGACAGUGGCCUCUCCCAGCACGACUUAA